ACAUAAACCUACUCUAACACACAAGCACAUCUCUAACGCGCGCACGCACCGCACGCGCCCCUCUCGCGGCUAACCCACAUAAUAUCCGUCCUCGGCUCGCAAUUAAUCGUAGUAGUGUAUUCUGCUGCUUCCGAGACGUACAUACGUGUGUGUGUUUAUUAACGUUCGAGACUGCACAGCGACAGUUUUAAUUUUUUCACCGUCCAUAUUACACAGUCGUUUUCAACAAUCGAAAUAAUGGCAAAGUUCACGAUCAAAGCCCUCGUCGUCACGGCACUGGUGUGCCUCGUUUUUGACUUGGCCGCAUCCGACAACAGUCAACAGCAUCAGCAAAACGAGGACGUGCACCAGCAGACUGUCGGUUACGUCGACAAGGACACGAGCUCGGAGACCACCCCGACACCCAGCACGUUUAAGGACAAGUUCAAGGGAUUCGUGAGCAGCGUCAAGGAGGGAGCGUCGGACGCGUUGGACAAACUGGACGAGAAACGCAAGGAGGCGGUUGCCGGAACCAAGAAGCUGGUGAACGGCGCCAUUGACAAGAUCAAGCACUCUUACGACUCGAUCAAGAACGGAAACUCCGAGGAAAACACGCCCAGGAGUCCGGAAUCGUCGUCGGAAGAGCACGUCAAGAACGCCGCUAAGGACGCCAAAGACGCCGUUAUCGACAAGACCCAAAACUUCAUGAAAUCCGAAAAGACCAACUGAUCACCUGCAAUUCAGUUAUCAACGACACCGUCAGCUCUCCAAUCACACUACGCAUACAUUAUGAUAAUAAUAAUAUAAUAUUGUACAAUAAUAUUAAAAUACAUAUAUUACUUUUUUUUAUGUUUUAUAACAGUAACCUAUAAUAUGUUGUGAGCUUCCUCGAGAAUCAGUGACAGUAUGUUUUGUCCCUCAUUUAGAAAGUCGGUUUGUUUUAUAAUUAUGUAUAACGCGUUCUGCGGUUUUCUAUUUUUACCUUUAUAACUUCCAGUAAAUUUAAACGUAUUAUAUUAGCACGAUAAUGCAUAAGACGACAAUAUUAUUACUGUUAAUAUCGUCAAUAUAAUGUUAAAAUUAUUUUAUAUUUUGUAUUAAACAAUUAUAAUUAUUCAGAUUUGAUUUAAUAACACAUUAUUUUUUCAACAAAAUAUAUAUUUACAUAUUUGUGUCUAUAUUUA